AUGUUUCGGCCAGCGGGCCUCUUGAGCGGGGUCGUGUGCCCUGCGUUUCGCGAUGGGGCGUGCGAGGGCGACCGUGUCCAGUGCCCGUACUCGCAUGAUUUAAGGCUGCUUGAGGCGCAGGUGCAGGAAGCCAAGCGCCGCAAAGUCGAAGAGACGCCGGCCAAGGAAAAGGCCGCACCGCCGGCCAAGGCGGCGGCGCGCCCGCCGCCCGCCGCGGCGCCCGGCGGCCUCGAGUGCCCGGUGAUUACGAGCAGGGUGCACCCUGCCUCUUCGAAAAUCUCGCUGGGGGCACGAAAAAAUGGCAUCCAAAAGAUCUUUGGCACGCUCUCCGUCUUUUACAAGCCGCUCAUUACCCAUGCGGACCCCACGAUGCGCACGAUCGGCGCUGACCUGUGCACGACGGAUGCGCGCGCGAUAGAGGCCGACGUGUUUCGCCUCGCGAGCGAGCACUCGUACCGCAACUCGAGCAUGAGCGCGGCAAUGAGCGUGACGAAACGCAACAAGGAAGCGCUCGCCGAGGCCGUCGACGAGGCGUGCGCAGCCACGCACCACGGCGGUGCGGACGCCGCGCGUGCGAUUCUGCUGCGCUGCACCGAGACCGGGACGAAUGCCGAGGUAAUGGCGAAGCGAAAAAAGGCCGAGGACCGCAAGGCCCACUACCUCACACGCGAGCGCGUCGUCAAGGCGGGCUUCCUGUGCCCAAAAGGCGACCUGCAGACGCUGGGGUACCUCACCGAGAUUCCCGCAGCCUGGGGACCGGGCGGCGACCGCAUCAAUGGCGCCGGCGAAAAGCAGACGUGUGCGCGCUGCGGCACGUUGUUCCUUGUUGCGCCGCUGCAGACGGCCGCACACGGAGGCCAGGACCCUGAAGCAUGCCGCUUCCACCCUGGGCGUCCCCGCCGCGAAGAAGCGAGCGACGGAAAGCGCCGCAAGGUCCAGCGGUGGACGUGCUGCGGGCGCACGGUCGACACCCAGGCGCUCGGCGACGACCGCUGCGCGACCGGGCCCCACGUCUUUAAGGAAGAGGCCGAGGAGGCACUGCACCACCGCGCGCCGUAUACCACCUUUGCGCAGCUCGCCGAGGAGAUGGGGGGAAGUAGCGGGGCGCUCGACCUUGCUGCUCUGGACUGCGAGAUGAGCUAUACGACGCAGGGCCUGAGCGUUACGCGCAUCACGCUGAUCGACGAGAGCGGCGAGAUUGUCUUUGACGAGCUUGUGCGGUGCACCGACGACGUCGCCGUGCUCGACUUUAAUACACAAUUCUCCGGUAUCCAGCCGGAGGAGUACGAGGCGAACGCCGUGCUGGACCUCGAGGCGGCGCGGCGCGCGCUCGCGCGCUACGUCGGGCCGAAUACGGUUUUGAUUGGCCAUGGCCUCGAAAACGAUCUGCGCGCGAUUCGCGUGGUGCACACGACUAUCAUCGAUACGUGCCAGCUCUUUCCGCAUCCCCGCGGCCUGCCGUUCCGCCUCGCACUGCGCGACCUGGUCGCCAAGUACCUCGGCAAGAUCAUCCAGGCAGGCGGCUCGGCCGUCGGCCACUCCUCUGCCGAAGACGCACAGACGACACUCGAACUUGUGCGGCACAAGUGGGCGGAGCUUUGUACAUAA